CGCUCCAAAGUCCAAAAUCCAAAACAUCUCAGCGUCAGAUCAGACUCAGAGACACAACUUGAUAAGAACGAACAUCAUCGCAACAACCGUCUUCUUCUUCUUCCCGCGGCACUCUCACUCUCUCUCUCUACAUUGCGAUUGCGAUUCUUCUCUCCUUUUCAGCAAAACGACAAUAACAACCGUCGUUUUGUAUAUUUCCCCUAAUCACCACCACCUCUCCAUGGGAAACGCUAACGGAAGAGAAGACGGAGCUAUUUCCGACGGCGUUGAUCCUACCGGUCGUGAACCUCACGCGCCUGAUUCACGUCCUCCUGUUCGUGCUUUCUCAUCUGAUUCAAUGGCUAAUAGUCCUCCUCAGAGUCCUCGUCGUUCCAGAUCCCCGAUCCUCUUCGGUCCUCAGGUUCCUCUCGCCCCAUUACAAAGAGGUAACGGACCUCCUUUUCUCAAUCAAAUGUGGCAGAAUGAGUCUCAUGGUAUUGUUAAUCAACCUUCUGAGCAAGGAAUCCCUGUUAUGAUCACUUGGAAUUAUGGUGGUAACAAUGUAGCAGUCGAGGGAUCUUGGGAUAACUGGACAUCUAGGAAGGCGUUACAGCGAGGUGGCAAGGAUCACUCAAUUCUUAUUGUCCUUCCAUCCGGUAUAUUUCAUUACCGGUUCAUUGUUGAUGGUGAACAGAGAUAUAUUCCGGAUCUUCCUUAUGUAGCUGAUGAGAUGGGGAAUGUCUGCAAUCUUCUUGAUGUUAAUGAUUAUGUGCCAGAAAACCCUGAAGGUGUCUCUGAGUUUGAAGCACCAGGCUCCCCAGAAUCUAGUUAUGGUCAAGCAUAUCCAGCCGAAGAAGACUUUGCAAAAGAACCAAUGGCUGUUCCCUCGCAGCUGCAUCUUACGGUCCUAGGCAUGGAGAACUCUGAUUCCGGUCCCUCUUCAAAGCCUCAACAUGUUGUUCUAAAUCACGUCUUCAUAGAGAAAAACAUGGCCUCAAAAUCCGUUGUUGCCCUCGGACUGACUCACAGGUUCCGGUCUAAAUAUGUGACAGUUGUCCUUUACAAACCUCUCAAGAGGUAAAUAUGUGACAGUGACAGUAGUCCAUGUUAUGUUGUUUUAUUUUGUAGCCUCAGUCUGUAAAGAAAUGUUCAAAUAAUACUCCCCUCCGUAGGUGGUAUAUGAAGGUCUUGUGUUGUGUCUCUGUAUGUAGAUAUUUUUUAAAGAAUCUGGUGUUUCUGUUUUGACUUGAUACAUCAAAACUUUACAAUUGUUAUUUUAUUUUAUUUUUGUUUCAA